AAUGUGGGGGUUUAGUUAUAGGUAAUGUGGGGGUUUAGUUAUAGGUAAUGUGGAGGUUUAGUUAUAGGUAAUGUGGAGGUUUAGUUAUAGGUAAUGUGCGGGGUUUAGUUAUAGGUAAUGUGCGGGUUUAGCUACAGGUAAUGUGGCGGUUUAGUUAUAGGUAAUGUGGAGGUUUAGUUAUAGGUAAUGUGGGGGUUUAGUUAUAGGUAAUGUGGAGGUUUAGUUAUAGGUAAUGUGGAGGUUUAGUUAUAGGUAAUGUGGGGGUUUAGUUAUAGGUAAUGUGGAGGUUUAGUCAUAGGUAAUGUGGAGGUUUAGUCAUAGGUAAUGUGCGGGGUUUAGUUAUAGGUAAUGUGGGGGUUUAGUUAUAGGUAAUGUGUGGAUUUAGUCAUAGGUAAUGUGGGGGUUUAGUUAUAUUCCAUGUGCGGGUUUAGUUAUAGGUAGUGUGCGAGUGUAACUGUAGAUAAUGUGUGUUGAUCCGCUAAAUUUCCUGCAUUUAAAAAAAAACAACAAAAAAACAAGGAUGUGACGUAUACUGGUUCCACGCGAUUUGGUUGGGCUAUCGGCAAGGAAGGUCAAGCCAAUGGGUGCAUUCCCUUGUUUGUGUUCUGCCACGUAUCAACGCCCAGAGAAGGAAGUGAAAUUAUAUAAAUAAACAACUGGAACUUCUUAGAUCUCUUUCAAAUUGUGUAACACUUACGGGUCACGCCUGAGUUUUUUUCAGAUGAUGGUUCUCAAACAGUAAUCUGAUUUAUUUUUUUUUUUUAAAUUAAGAAAUUAGAAGAUGUUUCUAUUGACAUACCAGACCACAUCGCCAGUACAGUUUUUUUGUCUAAUGACAAUAUGACACACAACAAUGUUAUUUCAAAGUGAUGAUUGCCAUUGGUAUUUGACAUGGUAGCAUCAUAGACAAACCAAUACAUUUGACAUGGUAGCAAUAAUAGACAAUCCAAGACAAUGGACAUGGUAGCAUCAUAGACAAACUAAGAUAUUUGCCAUGGUGGCAAUCAUAGAAAAACCAAGACAUAUCAAACCAAGACUUUAAGGAGACAUGAGUUAAGAGAGAUAUGAUUCUCCCGAACUGUAGCCUGCAUAACAGUGAUAGGGCCGUAUUGUUAACUGCAUUAAAGAUCAAUGGGGACAUGAUAAGGUCUGUUUGUUUGUUUUUAAAACUAUGAGUAGAUUCUAGGCUCCAGCACUGGCAGUCAUGCCUCAGGGUUACGAAAAUUGGUUGAAAGUUUUUUUUUUACAUUAAAUGAAAGGCGGGAAAAAUCAGAUAAUGAUUUGAAUAAAUCAUAAAACUGUUAGUUGUUUCAAGGAAGUCUUUAUCACGCAAUUAAAAAAAAUCAUGUUUUAUAUAUAUAUAUAUAUAUAUAUAUAUAUAUAUAUAUAUAUAUUACGAUAAAGAACUUAUUUUGUUUGACAUAAUUACAUGAUUGAUUAUAAAAAAAACCUCAACAAACUCUAACAAAUAUAUAGAUCACUAUAACAAAUGUCUCAAUCAAAAACAAUCUUUAUCACGCAAUUAAAAAAAAUCAUGUUUUAUAUAUAUAUAUAUAUAUAUAUAUAUAUAUAUAUAUAUAUAUUACGGUAAAGAACUUAUUUUGUUUGACAUAAUUACAUGAUUGAUUAUAAAAAAAACCUCAACAAACUCUAACAAAUAUAUAGGUCACUAUAACAAAUGUCUCAAUCAAAAACAUGGGGGCCUUUCUUUCCCCGGGGCUGUGGCUUUAAAUAUCCAUUCGAUAUAUCCAUUUGAUAUAUCCAUUUGAUAUAUCCAUUUGAUAUAUCCCGUAUUUAGUAAAGGUAGAUACUUGAUAUAUCCACUUGAUAUAUCCACUUGAUAUAUCCACUUGACAUAUCCACUUGGUAUGUCGACCUGAUAUAUCCACUUGAUAUAUAUCCAAUAGAUUAGUCCCGUAUUUAGUAAAGGUAGUAUAAGGGCAAGUUUAAGCUUAUGUAAUGGAGAGCUUGUGUAUGAGAUUGGCCAUGAUACAUCUGCCCCACUUGCAGGUCACCUGACGAAGAAAACAGGAUUCCACCGGGAUCGGGAUACUGAUGGGAUCGAGAACCCACUGGUAUCGGGGUCCCACCAGAAUCAGAAUAACGACGGGAUCGGGAUCCCACCAGUAUGGGAUUCUUCUGUGAUUGGGAACCCACUGGGAUCGGGAUCACCCGGAAUCGGAAUAAUCCGGAAUCGGGAUCACAUCGGGAAACGGGACCACACCAGAAUUGGGAUCCCACCGGGAUUUGAUUCCAAACGGGAAAUGAGAAUUGGAAACCUACAAGGAUGGUGAUCCCACCGGGAUCGGGAUACCGAUGGCAUCGGGAACCCACCGGUUUCGGGAUCCCACCCGGAUCGGGAUCCAAUUAGUAAUUAACAACUCAACAAGCCAGCCAAGUCUUGGUUCCCCCCCCCCCACCCACUUUCAACCUCAAUCCUUCUUUGAAAAUACCUGAAAUGACGUCCGUGACCUUGACCUGAGCUUCUAAAAGCAUGUCAAAACAUGACUUUGCUGUGCAGACGAUUAAAUGUUUUGUAAAAUCAGCAAAAGGGUUUGUCUAAAAAAAAAAAUCCGCGGUCUUAACAACUUCCUUUCUAGUCGAGAACUGUGCUCAGACGCUCUCAGUGUUCCAUGUAGUGUGUCGAUGGUGCUUUUAAUGAAGUCAAGAACAUUGAAUGAAAUGAGUACUUUCGUUAUAGGCAAUGUGCGGGUUUAUCUAGGUAAUUUGUGGGCUAAGUUAUAGGCAAUGUGCGGGUUUGGCUAGGUAAUUUGUGGGCUAAGUUAUAGGCAAUGUGCGGGUUUGGCUAGGUAAUUUGUGGGCUAAGUUAUAGGCAAUGUGAGGGUUUGGCUAGGUAAUUUGUGGGCUAAGUUAUAGGCAAUGUGCGGGUUUGGCUAGGUAAUUUGUGGGCUAAGUUAUAGGCAAUGUGCGGAUUUGGCUAGGUAAUUUGUGGGCUAAGUUAUAGGCAAUGUGCGGGUUUGGCUAGGUAAUUGUGUGUGUUUAAUAAUAGGUAAUGAACGGGUUUAGUUAAAAUUCCAUGUGCGGGUUUAGUUAUAGUGCGGGUUUGAUUGUAGGUAAUAUUUUUUGAACAGCUAAGUUGACUGCGUUGGAAAAAAACAAAACAAAAAAAAAACAAGCAUGUGUCUUAAACCGGUUUCACACGAUUCGGCUGGGCUAUCGGCAAGCAAGGUCAAGCCAAAUGGUGCAUUCCCCUAGUUUGUGUGCCGCUACGCAUCAAUGCCGAGAGAAGGAAGUGAAUUUAUAUAAAUAAACGCCUGGAACUUUCAUCUCUUUCAAAUUGUGUUACUCUUACGGGUUACGCCUGACUUAAGACGAUGGUUCUCAAACAGUAAUCUGAUUUUUUUUUAAUAAAAAAAAAAAAAGAAAGAAAUUAAAAUAUGUUUCUAUUGACAUAUUUAUAUAAAUAAACGCCUGGAACUUUCAUCUCUUUCAAAUUGUGUUACUCUUACGGGUUACGCCUGACUUAAGACGAUGGUUCUCAAACAGUAAUCUGAUUUUUUUUUAAUAAAAAAAAAAAAAAGAAAGAAAUUAAAAUAUGUUUCUAUUGACAUGCCAGACCACAUCGCCGGUACAGUUUUUUGUCUAAUGACAUGUGACAGACAAUCACGUCGAUACAGCAUGUUGCCGAUGACAUAUACCACAAUGUCAUGGAAGUAGAAGUUUGCUUUGUAGCAUCAUAGACAAACCAAGACAUUUGCCAUGGUAGAAUCAUAAACAAAUCAAGACAUUUGACAUUGUAGCAAUCAUAGACAAACCAAGACAUUUGCCAUGGUAGAAUCAUAGACAAACCAAGACAUUUGCCAUGGUAGAAUCAUAAACAAAUCAAGACAUUUGACAUUGUAGCAAUCAUAGACAACCCAAGAUAUUUGACAUGGUAGCAAUCGUAGACAAACCAAGAUAUUUGACAUGGUAGCUUCAUAGACAAAUCAAUACAUUUGACAUGGUAGCAUCAUAGACAAACCAAGACAUUUUUCAUGGUAGCAUCAUAGACAAACCAAGACAUUUUAAAUGGUAGCAUUAUAGCCAAACCAAGACAUUUGCCAUGGUAGCACCAUAGACUGAAAUUGACUCAGUUUAGACCGCUCGGCAUGGUCGUCAUUUUGAUAGAGCAGGGUUGGGGCAUAUGCCCCCCACCCCGAAUUUGCCGGUUCUAUUUAAAUUUCUAUGUACUGUGGUGCCGCCAGUAAUAAACAACCUAACAAGCCGACCAAGUUUUGGUUUUGUUCCACCCUUCCCUGAAAAAAAACUGAAAUAACGCCCCUGCAGCCCACCCAGCACCCUAGAGCAAUAGGCGGCUUUGCCAAAAUGACGUACGCAAGCAGGAACGAUGAUAACUGCCCGGAGUCGCUGCUCAAUAAUCACAUGUUGGCUGGGUUUUUUUGUUAGCUGGUGAAAUGAUGUUUUUAUUUAAAAAAAAAAAAAAAAAAUUACAAAUCUGUUUUAACGCUUCAAAAAUAGUGUUAUCUCUCGUUACCCCUCAUUACCCUCAAGAUUUUCAUUUUACCCCACUUGGGGUAAUUUACUUCGGUUUGGCGACCCGUUCUGCAAACGUAAACAUAAUUUAUUUUGUGGGGUAACUGAGAACAAAGAAAACGUUUAGAACCGCCUUAGAAGGACGAGAGGCUUCUGUCUGUAUGCGGGGUAUUGGGCGAGAGGCUUCUGUCUGUAUGCGGGAUAUUGGACGAGAGGCUUCUGUCUGUAUGCCGGGUAUUCAAUUCCUAAUAUGCUUAGAGGCGGAGACACAUUGUGAAAAAAAAAAUAGUCAUGUGACUGCAGUUGUCCUACAUGCUUACAUCUAUAACACCAAGCGUAACUGGAUUUGGUUCAGUAGACCACAUCGUGCCAUCUCUUAGCCUUCUCAACACCACAAGAAAAUCCACAGCGUUCAGAGGACGGAUAUAGAUAACUAAACUCUUUUCGUACUUCUUGGACUCUUUCAGUAAGUCAAAGAAUUAAUCCUUGACGAAUGAGACGUAGUUUGAGUUUUUAAGUCUAUGGUGCCCCCAUGUGAAAUGGUCAAGAAAAUAUCGUCAUUUGAUUCUUAAAAAUAGAAUUAUGGCGAUCAUCUUCACCAAUUCAUUUAACAGCAUGCUAAUGAUCUGAGUUUUUGGUCAACAUUAUAGUACAAUAAAAUUUUAAUACAGUUUUACUAACACAAUGUUACCUUAAUCAGAAAUGUCGAGUAACAUAAUGAGAACAUCACGAGUCAUAGACGGCUGUUCUAUAAAAUCUACAGCAGGGGUCUCAAACGCAAAUCAUCCAGGGGCCGCAAGGGGUAGAGUCUGAGUGAGACUGGGCCACAUCAAGUUUUUUUUUAAUUUUAAAAAAGAGGUUACAAAUUCAAUAAAUUACCCCUGUUCCAAUAGGCUCAAACUUUCUUAAUAAAAAAAUAAAACAUUAAGGGUUCUCAAGAACUAGGCUUCGAUUUCUUCCUCCUACUGCUCGUUGCCAGAGAACUGGCAGCGCUUCUUCUUGCACAGCUGAGAGCAACAUUUGGCUUGAGUGAGGAAGCAACUGAGACCCUCAGUAUAGCUUGAAAAUGCUCAUCAGUAAGUUUGGCCCUGAACUUUGACUUGUUAAAUUUCAUCGUGAGAAAAGAGCUUUUUACACAGAUAGGUACUCCCAAAAAAAGUCAAAUGAUCCCAUUGAGCAUCCUGGAAAUCUCAGUGAAGGUGGAGGGCAAGGCUCUCCUAAAUUUUCCAUGCUUGUCUCUUUCUCCAUUCAGUCACUGAACUUAGAAUUGCACUGAGGAUCAAUCAGAUCCAUUUGAAGUGCAAUGUUGGGGGGCGGGCGCAUCUUCCACAUAAAAGUAGAAAGGGUCAGCGAGAAGUUGAAAAGCGGCUCUGUGUGUUUUGAAGUAAAAAAAAACAACAUGUCAUCAAAUUCUGCCUGUAGAUGUGCAAUGGCAUCAGUAUAGUCACUACUGAAUGGUGUCCCCAAGUCCAUGAGUACUUUUCAUGUUGGGCAAUGGCAGAGGUUUCUCUAAGAACCAGAACACAAGUUUUGUGCAGAAUGCCCUGACAUUGUCACUGACACUUUGCACCUGGUAUUGUUACUUAUUGUUGAGUAAAUUAAGCUCCUGUGUAAGGUCAACAAGAAAAGUCAAGUCCAUGAGCCAUUUGGGAUCACUUAGUACAGGAAAAACUACCCCUCUCUUCUCCAUGCAAAAAUAUGUUCAGACAGAAGGCAGGUGCUGGCAAUAUUUAUGAAUUAUUGAUGUGAAGGAAGAUGCCAUUGUAGGGAGAAUGACUUUUGAUUUUUUUAAUCGUAUAAAAAACCUUUUUGGCUAACCUAUUUUGAAAUGGAACCAAGCUGACAGACUCGGAAUUUCCCUCACUCGUUAACGGUAGCGGCAAUUUUAAUAGGGAUUCUUCGAUACUGUGUCAGGUUGCUUCGAUUGACACAAUUAUGGUUGUGCAUUAUCAAUUAACUUACUUUUUAAACCUUACUCAAAACCGCAAUUUGGCCAUGUUUUUCUCAUAAAAUGCUAUGAAAUAAAAACAUUUAGUCCAAUUUUAGAACGGUUUUUACCAUUAUAAUUAACGUCCAAAUCUAUUCAAUCACAAUAAAAAUCAGAAUUAGACUAGUCGCUGAGAUUUGACUGAAACUUCGACUGCGGAGGGUCACACUAUAUCUAUGAGAAUGGGGAAAGCUCACGGGCCGCAUUACACUAAACUUUGCUGUCAUGUAGCGGGCCGCAAAAUAUCGUCUUGCGGGCCGCAAAUAGCCCGUGGGUCGUGAGUUUGAGACCCAAGAUCUCCAGCAAAAUCGGGAUACAUCUGAUACAACACCACCACCCCACCCACUUUUCCGAUGUAAACUGAAACGCGGGCAUCACAUGGCGAGUCACGUGUGAGCGACAAAAUGCUGAGUUCGUUGUCAGAUCCGAUGGCAACGAGGCCAACACCUGGGUCAGUGACCCUCACCUGCCAACACCUUGGUCAGUGACCCUCACCAGUGAUAAAAUUUUCGUCAAAUUUAUUUUUGAACGCACUAUAAUAUACAGUAAAACAAAAUAAUGUGUUCAAAAAGAAAUUUGAAUUUGAAGCAAAAUUUUAACGUGUGAACUGAAAAAAAUGAUUCGACCAAAUUUCCGUUAGAAUGAAUUUCCGUCGAUCAAUUUUCCGUCGAAUACAUUUCUUUUAAAUCAAUUUUUCGGAUACAAUCAGUGUUACAAAAGUUGUGUUAGUAGUGGUGCUAUUGCUACCGUUGGUAGACGUGGUUCUUUGGCUAAGCUUGUUAGCGGACCCCCCCCCCCCACCCACCCAAACUACUAAUGGGAGAACCUGUGUUAGAUUCGAGUGGCAGUCAAUAGACUUUUUGUAAUUUAAUCAAAAAUUAUUCCAAGAGAGUGGAAGAGAAAAUAUUUUAGUCAAGUGAUUGAUAGUGUCGGUAAAAUACAAGUUUAAAAAUUAAUUAUUGAAAGGAAUUAGUUCCAAGUAUUAUUCUUUUCUGCCGGUAAAGAGGGCACAGUCACCAAGAAUUUUCAUAAACGUUUUUUUUCAAACAAAGAAAAUCUGAAUCGUCAUUUUAUUCAGCAAUCAUUUCUCUUUCAUAUAGUGUGUACAAAUUUUUAUACAGUUAUUUAGUUUGGUAGCUAUUGAUAUCUAAAGAGGGUAGAAGUGGGCUCUCUGAAUGCUUAAAAAUAGCGGAAAACAACACUCGGUCACAUAACAACGUACCGGUAUUAAAUAAAUAAUAACCGCUCCCUAUGAAGAUUUUAAAUAAUGAGCUACUCCUGAAUUUUGUAUUUCCGUGUGAAUCUUGUUUUGGCUGUCAUAGGACGAUAUGUUUAAAUAACUUUGAACUGAUUUUUGUGAUUACUGUGAUCUUUUACAUAAAAAAUGCCUAAUGAUCGAAAGUAUGGACUUUACAAGCCUCCAAAACGCCGUAAAGGUAGUGGCAAUCAGUUUGCAAAGGGAAAGAAAAUGGUAGGUGUUGAACAGGCUUUCAAAAUGAUGAACGGAUUGAACGGCUGUGCCAUGGUCCAUAGCAUAGGCAUUGGCUGAUACUGAUCUUACUGAUAGAUGUAGACCUGACCAAGGGGCCACCUGGGCCUAUCUAACAAUGAUAAUGUAGAGAUUUAUUGUGACCAGGGGGACAUAUGUUGAAAACGAAUCAUCUGAAAAUGAGGAAGAAUGUGCAGCACCAAUGAUGAUGUUGACAAUCCAGAGGAGAAUCAGAGAAGGUAAUAGAAUUUUAGACUUCUGGGUGACACUGUUGCUUUGCAUUUGCCGAAUGAUUGGGUGUCUUGUCACUGUCACUAUACUGUGAGGUUGUAUGUAGGGUUGCCAGAUACGUGGACACCAAAAGGAGGACAUAAUAAAACAAAAAGGAGGACAAAGGAGGACAUUUUGAAUGUUUCAUUUGAGUCAUCCCAGAUUAAACUCACAGUCAGGAAUUUUAUUGUAAUAGCUGCCAAUUAAGUGUAUCUUACUCUUAGUGAAUCGACCAAGAAACAGUCACGUUAAAAAAACAAAUUCAAUGGACGGCUUUUUCAAAAUGUCAAGAAACAUCAUAUUAAUAUCCAAUUGUACAAUCAUUAUCCUAUAAUCUUUAUUAAUUACAUGACAUAUUUCUCGGAGGAGCCAACUUUUCGCAGAAGAUCAUCGUUAGCAAUCACAUAUGCAUAAAACUGUUCGCAGAUAAGAUUCUUCAAAUUGUACUUUGUAAGAAUGAAGCUCUUUACAGAGUCGAGUAGGAGUCUAUUCCUUUCCGUUGUCCAUUGAUCAUUAAUCAAGGAAAACACUCUUUCCACAUUGCAAUUGUGUCCAGGGAUACAGAAGAAAAAUUCACAAAUUUUAAGUGACUCUGAAAAACAACAUGCAUUUGGGCAACUUUGGAAAAAUAAACUCCACUGUUCAUGCAAGAGGCUUUCAAAAAACUGUUCAUUUUUGUCUUGUACAAAUGAUUUAAGAUUGCAGUAUUGGUCAAACAAUUGUACAUCAUCUACAAUAAUACCCUUCUCUUUCAGAUACAAUAUUCAUGCGAAAAGGUCAUCAAAUUUACAGUCUUUGAUUUUAUUUAAUAUGCGUCUUUGUUGCCGGAACCGUAAAUAACAUUAACAUUUAGACCAUAGAUAAUACAGCACGGAGGUAGAUUGUUAGAAUGACUAAAAUCGAUUGGUUCGCAGAAAUGCAUACACUUUGUACAUUGUAACAAUAUAAACAUACGAUGUAAUAGUUGUAACAACGAUACAUAAAAAUUGUAAUAUAAAAUAUAAGAAAAGUCGGACAUUUUAAAAGAUUUUAGCUUUGCCUGCCGGACGGAGAAUAUUGAGCUAAAUUCACAAAUUUUAAGUAACUCUGAAAAACAACAUGCAUUUGGGCAACUUUGGAAAAAUAAAAUCCACUGUUCAUGCAAGAGUCUUUCAAAAAAACUGGCUAUCUGGCAACCCUAAUUGUAUAAAAUUGAAAGAAAGGGGCUAGCCAGGACAUUUACAUUUCAUUGUAACAAUAAAAACUAUGAUAAGAGGCCUGCUUUCUCCUCAUCACCCCAGAUAGCUAACCUAUAGACAAUUCAUUUGUAAACAUAGUGAAAAGACAAGCUGUCUUUGCUAUGCAAAGUAUAGGAGCAGAAAAAUCAAAGCUGGAGACCUUUUUUUGGUGUAAUGGACCUACCAAAACCAGUGGGGGGAAAGUAGCUACAGUGCUAUAAAGUAAACACUGCAUAAAGCAAGUACAUCUAAUGAAGAAGAAGCUGAAAGAGAGGAGGGUAUCGAUUGCUUUUAGGUAAUAAAAUAGUUGUUUUUAGUUUGCUUAAAGUUUGCCAAAAAAACAACACUUGUGCUAACUGUUGUCCAGUUAUUUUCCACAAUUAUUGUCAGAUUGUGCUGGGAUUGGGCACACAAAUUCUCAAAUGUAGGAACUAUGAUGUAAACCAAAAUCAUUUAUCUAUCCCUUAUACUUGAAUGGAUAAGCGGGGACGUAUCCUGUUUUUGUAAAAAAAAAUUAACUAAUUGUUCAUUUCAGUAUAAAAUGCAAACCAAGACCUGUUAAAUGAGAGUGCUUCAGAUAAAAGCCCUGCAUAUCUUUUAUAUGGAAAGUUUUGUAGCAGUGUACUUGAUAAUUAGGUUAAUAUCAUUUCUACAGUUCCAGACAUUUUUUGCAUUUUUUUACAUUUUAGUGAUUGUACAGUUUUGAACAAUUCUUUGGUCUUCAAGCCUUUCUUCACUUUGGACGGUGGUUGUGAUUUUUUUUUAUAAUCAACAUACUUAUAAACCCAAGGGCCCACAGUGAAACGAUUGGUGCAUCGCACAAUUUUGUACUUGUUUUGUGAGGCAUAAAAGGAUGGGGGGGGGGGGAUUCGUUCUGCUAUAUUCUCUUUAAAAGAAGCAUAGGAUAAACCAUUAGGAACAUAAACAAACACUAACAAAUUAUUUGAUAUAUGGGACACAUCUUGAUUCAGUUUGAGCACAUUAAAAACAUAUAUUUCUGGCUCUUCACUUGAAAUGUCCUUGUUUUUGGCUUGUUUUUAGACUUUGACUGUGUGUUAUAUUAAAUAAUAUGCUAGUUGUCAUGCUCGGCCUGCACGAGUGACUGUUUGCAUGAGAUUGGUCAUUGUAAUUUUAUUGUAACGCAACAAUGAAGGAGACAUUAAAAGUUACAUUAAAAUAGGAACUAUUUAAAUACAUCUAUUUGUUUUAAAAUGUGAACAUUAUUUUAAUCAACUGUUUUCUCUGUUGAGGUACUGUAGCUAUGGCAACGACAGUCCGCCGUGUCUGUUUCCUUGCAAGUUUAAUGGCCAGCUGGCUGCACGUCCUGAUGUUACCUCUCAAUGAGGCAGACCAGGAUAUACUGACGUCAACUGACUCAAAGGGGGGUAAAUACUGCUGCAGUGUGCGCUACUCUGCUUGCCACCUUGGUCACGUGGUCGACUGCACCAAUUGUGGACUCACCGCUGUCGAUACAAGCUGGAUGCCCAAUGACACGGUCAGUUUAACGCUGGACAACAACACCAUUGCAGUACUAAAUGACAAUGCCUUCGUUAGAUUGAAGUCACUGCGCAACCUCAGCAUCGCCGCCUCUUAUGUUCAAGAAAUUGAGGUGAGGCGCCUUAACGGAUAUCUUUUUUAAAAUUUGAUGAGUAGACUGUUAAUUAAAACUAGAGGCAAUGUGGAUUACUGCAACAUACUGAGGGGGGUGGGGGUGGGGGUGGGGGGGCAUAAUUAAGAAAAGAGACGCUUUAAUAAUUUUCAGAUUACAUAAAUUAUUGUCUGUUUGAGGUGGGACACCUAAUUUUUCCCAAAAGAAAACCAAUAAAUUUCUUAAUUUGAAUUGUGACCUUAUUCAUAAUGUUUAUCCAAAUUAUCAAAAUCAGUAUUAUGAACAAAGUUAUUCAAUCACUUUUCCGUUUACUUGAAUCAUUAAAAGAGUAUUUUCUUGAAUUUUAUCUUUCUUUUCUUAUCAUUAAAUGUUCAAUCACAUUACAAAAAGAAGACUUGAAUGAUGCUAGAAAUCUGUGAACUCGACUAAUUAUUAAAAUAUUGACAUGCAAUUAACCUAUCUGUGAACUGUUCAGGUGAAUGCAUUGUGCGGCCUUAAUCAGUUGGAGGUUCUCAAUCUGGAGUCCAACAGGCUGCCGUUGAAACUCAUGAAAUUCCCCAAGACGAUGUUCAGACAUGUUCCUGGCCUGAGAGAACUUUACAUAGCUUACCAGGAUGACAAGGAGAAGAGUUCUGACAAUGAGAAAUACCGGAGCAGGAGAAAAAGACAUGUUGGCGCGACGAGGCGUCUUGGCGAUAAAGAUUCCAACAAUACGCUGUUCACCGACAGUGCAUUCAGAGGAGGAGUUUGUGGGGAACCACUCAAAAUCUAUUCUGACUUCAUUGAUAUUUUCAGUUACUUGAAGAACUUAACAACGCUUUCCAUAGAUGGACUUAAUUCUACGCUGCACUUAGGGGAAGAGUUUUCUAGCUUGACCCUGUUGUCCAAGGUCACAGUCAAUGGCCCUGACGUAACAUGCAUCACAAACUUUAGUUUUACCGGGCUGUGGUCCUUAAAUGUCCGAGUUCUUGUUCUUAUUAACCUGGAUCAGAUUUCUGUCGACACUGACUACCAGUCUGAGAACGACACGCACUUUGAUGACGAUGCUUUUCAAAAUCUGAUGUCAUUAACACACCUGACCAUAGACGGGUGUAGGAUAGGAAAUCAGAACAUCGCUAGAAAGAUGAGACAUUUUGUGAACAGGACCAUGACGUCAGUUGUGCUGAAGGAGACCAAUUUCUGGCUGGACUUCAACACCCCAACUUACGCGAUGAAGGACUACAUACUGCUGAAAAGCACAAUGAAGUAUCUGGUACAAAUAAACUUGUCUCACUUCUCCUGGAUUGGAAGCAAUAUAUUCGCUAUCGUGCCAAGGGGUUUUGACAGCCCUGUGUGGCAAUAUUCGAUUAAAAGUAUGGAUUUCUCAGAUAACAAUUUCGGCCAUCUUGGGUGGAAGGCCAACGUCAUUGAUUUAUAUCUCCUGAAGAAUAUGGUGAAAUUCACCCUCUCGUCCCCUUUUGCAACGUUUGAAGAAACUCAUCCAAAGCUAGAAGGUCAAAUGAUUAAUGGGGAACCAGCAAUGGAUUUAAAUGACAAUAGCAGGAAAAUUGAGAUCAGCAAACUGAGUCCCAAGAAUUUCCAGCCCAUUGGAAACAAAUUGAGCAACAUACUAGGACCAAGCGAUCAAAUGUUAAAGGCACGUGUAAAUAAAAUAAAAGCUCAAAGUCUAGAGAUAACUAGAAAACAGGGUUCAAACAAUCAAAAUCGAUCAACUGGAAAGGUUGACCAUGCUCUGUCAGCUUCCAGCCACAAAAACGUCAACUCCUCGGCGGACAAUGGGCUGUCACAGAUGUUACACAGUCAACCGGUCAGCCUUACACAUCUCAUCAAUGGCAGCGCCAAAAUAUUUUUCACUGGAUCAGGUCUGUUUACCAUCGGUCUCCCUCCUUCGCUGUCAACUUUCACUACUGUGGGUCUCAUGACGGGCUUGAGUGACUUUUUUAACUUCAGCAUCCAGUUCGUCAACGUCAAGAAAUUCACUCAUUUCUACUUCAUGAAUAACGGCCCGGUCAGAGGCACAGGGCAUGUUUAUGGACUGACUAAUUUGCAAUUAUUUGACUUGACAGGGUCUACCUUUAUUGUCGCGGAGCAUUUUUUUGACAACAUGACAAACUUGAGGUACCUCAUUCUUAAGUCGAUCAAGCCAGAUGAUUUCUUUGUUCGCCUGUCAUGUGACCGGUUAAUCCGUUACCUGACACAUCUCAUGUACCUGGACCUAACGGAGAACAACUUGAACAAGCUUCCACAUAGAUUGUUUGCCACGAAUCCAAAUGUCACUCAUUUUGUAUUAGCCAAAAAUAGAUUUUCGGGAAUACCCUUUGACCUGACAUCGACCCCAAACUUGGAGUUUCUGGACCUUACGGGGAAUGCGAUAGUUUACCUGGAUGAGAUAGAACUGGACGCCUUGAGUCGUCAUGUCAAUCGCGUACCUCGGUUCUUUUUAGGUUUGGCUGGUAAUAACAUUGCCUGCAUGUGCUUUCAAACUAGGUUUUUGGGUAAGUAUAACAUUGCCUGUUUUUGCUUUCAACCUAAAUUUUGUCUAAGUUCAAGAUUACCCGUGUGUGCGAUCAAACUAAGUUUUUAGGUAAUUUCAGUAUUGCCUGUAUGUGCUAAAAAAUAGAUAGUAUGUCCAUCGAUGCGACGAGAACCACAUAAACAAAAACCCAUCUCUUCACCAUUUUUUCCACAUAUCCACCAAACUGCAAAUUUUGCAUUUAGUUUUUUUACAAAUAUUUAUCUGCUUUUUAAUAUAAGCCUUCCCACUUAGUUCCCACCCAUUUUCACACCCACUUAAAAAAGAAAGAAAAGCACACUUUUGAAACAAGUCCUUAUAUUUAUCAAAAAUAUUAAAUGCCUGUAACACCAUUGGAAUGUAAUGAAUUGGUUAUCUUCGUUUAAAGAUUUAACUAAACUUUUGCCUGCUCCCCUGCUAUAUGAUUAGAAAAUCGUAAACACGGAAUUGUUAUGUCUAAUGAAGAUUUUUCAUAUUUGAAACAGCCUUGGUCUUAUUAUUUAACCCUUUCCGCUGCAAAAAAUUGCAUACCCUGUCCAUUGCAAGUGGGUAUGGCACACCCAUACACUUAUUAUAAUGGGGAAUAGGGUUUCUGGCGAGACCUGAAAACUGGGUGGGUUUCACCAAUAUUUCUUAUAUAACAGAAAAUAGCUCUCUUUAUGUUAGGAAAUGAGUAAAACAAAUUAAGGUCAAAUCUUUAAAAAAAAGGAACGCAAAACAAACAAAAAAACGUAUCGGCAGGAAGCCUUCGUUAGCGAAGAAUCAACAGUAAAAACAAUAAAAUUGUUUUAUUUGUUUUACUCAUUUCCUAUUUUGCUAACCUUAUAGCAGUUUCUCCCCUUAUUAUCUCUUUAUGUUAUUUUCUUUCUUACAAUGCGGCAUGAUUUAGUUGCCUUGUAACUAGAGACAGACCGAAUUUCAGCUUCGGUUUCGGCGCCAAAAGUGGCCAUUUUAUCACUUUCGGCCAAGUUUUGGUUUCGGGCCAAAACUGAAAGUUAACUUUUGGCUUAAUUUUGGUUUCGGCCGAAAGAGAAAAGUUAACUAUUUUUUUUUUUUCGGUUUCGGCCAAAAUUGACUUAGACUUUCGGCCGUGACUGAGGUUUUGCGGUCAUCUAAUUCUCAGCAAAAGCGAUAUUUAACAACAAACUAAGCGACAUUUAAGAACAAACUAAACGAUCUUUAAGAAAAAAUUAAGUGAUCUUUAAGAAUAAACUAAACGAUCUUUAAAAACAAAUAAAGUGAUCUUUAAAAACAAAUAAAGCGAUUUUUAAUAAAAAAAACUAAAUGAUCUUAAAGAACAAACUAAGUGAUUUUUAAGAACCAACUAAGUGAUCUUUAAGAACAAAACAAAGUAUCUUUAAUAGUAAAAUAAAUGAUUUAUAAGAAUAAACUAAGCGAUCUUUAACAGAAACCUAAAUGUUCUUUAGGAACAAACUAAAAGAUCUUUUAGAACAAACUAAUCGAUCUUAAGGAACAAAAUCAAUUAUCUAUCAGAACAAACUAAGCAAUUUUCAAAAACAAAAUAAACGAUCUUUAAGAACAAACUAAAAGAUUUUUAAUAACAAACUGAAAGAUCUAUACAAACAAACUAAAUUAUCUUUAAUAACAAACUGAAUGAUCUUUAAGAACAACUAAGCGAUAUUUAAAACAAAAUCAAAGAUCUUUAAGAACAAACUUAGCCAUCUUUAUGAACAAACUAAACGAUCUUUUAAUAACACAAACUUAGUGUUCUUUAAGAAAAAAACUUAGCGAUAUUUUUUUGAACAAACUAAAUGAUCUUUAAUAACAAACUAAAAGAUCUUUAAACAAAAACUAAGCAAUCUUUAAGAACAAACUAGCUAUCUUAAAAAACAAAAAAACGAUUUUUAACAACAAGCUAAGCGAUCUUUAAGAACAAACUAAACGAUCUUAACAACAAGAUGUUAUAAUAGAUGUUUAUUUAUUAAUAUUCACGAUUAUCUCAUUUUUUUAUAAAAAAUGUAAAUGUUUAUACUUUCUCCCAUCAUUUUACAUGUAUGCAGAAUGUAUGAUGGAACGAAUUUCAAAAUAUUUCAUUUUCGGCUUCUGUUUCGGCCGAAAGUCAUUUUUAACCGGUAUUUAUUCGGUUUCGGCCGAAAGUCAUUUUUAAACUUUUGCUAUUUUUUCGGGUUCGGUCGAAAGUCAUUUUAAACUUUCGGCCUAUUUUCGGCUUCGGCCGAAAUCAGAAAAUCACUUUCGGUCGGUCUCUACUUGUAACCAAACUCCCUUCACAGAUCACAUAGUUUCUCCCACGGAAGCAUUUGUUCUGUACAUCAAUGAAAAAUGAUACAAACAAUAGCUGGCUGCACCAACAGGGAAGGUGAGAAAGUAAAAGAAAACACAUGGCAAGGGACUGAUGCAAUCUAAAUGAAAACUUUUAUUGGCUGCCUACUACUCACUCUUCACCUCAACAGCAUUAUGGUGGAAAUUUUUAUUCAGCCAGUUUGAUGGAAAUCCUUUUUUAAGGCAAAACUUUCAAUGAAGAGAUUCAGCAAACUUCUGAUUCACAUUGGCUUCGACAACUAGGACUCUAGACCAAUCAUUUCUGGCUCGUGACAUCUUUGCUGCCAUAAAAGAUGUUGGAGAAGCAUUUCUGAGUAAUUUGGCAAGGUACUUUUUUCCUGGAGAGAACAUCACAGUAGGUGAGCAACUGGUUGGUUUCAGAGCCCGGUGCAGAUUUAUUCACUAUAUGCCAAUCAAGCUCAACGAAUAUGGAAUAAAAUCUUUUGGGCCUGCAAAUAUUCUUCUUUGAACUAUCCUCUUAGAGGCUGCUUUUAUCUCGGCAAAGAAAAUGCAAAUGCCCUGCCAGCAAACAGAAAUGUUGGAAUAUCCCCGGAGACUGUGAUUUCUCUGACAACGGACUUCCAUGGAAGUGGCCGCAAUUUCAUUCCCCUACAUUUUGCAGAACCAAUAGCCAAGAACAGACUCACCCUAGUUAGAACAAAGAAACGGAACAGGAUGUUCCUUGUAAUUCCUACCCAAGGGGUUCGAGCAAGAGAAGGCUCUGCCCCUCAAUGAAUAAGUGUGGGUUUUUUUCAGAUUAGAAACAACCUUAUCAAAUACCAGAGCUCAAGCAGUAAAAUGUAUUGCUCCUGAACACAAUCAUCCACAAAUAGAAAGUGAAACUGAAUGCAAGAAACCAGAGAUUGUGCUCUAUAACAACAAAAUCACAGGAGGCUUAUUCGCCAUGGAUCAAAUAGUGAGACACGAACAAAUUGUGUCACUAGAACAAUAUAAGUUCCACUUUAAUAAUAAUUAUACAUUAUACACAAUUAAACGUUUCGGCACAUGCCUUCAUCAGUACAAACAAACAAAACACAUUAAAAUAAGUAUAAAUUAAAUUUACAUAAUAUCAAUAUACAUAUCCUACCUAAAACAGAAAAAAUAUAGGAGAGGGCGCUAAAACCAGACAAAAACAAAGUAAAGAGAAGUAGAAAGGAAGUGAUUUUAACAUAAUUGUAAAAACCAAACAGGAAAAAGACGUGGCAGCAAAGUAAAAUUGGGGAUUUGGUUCAUUCCAUGUGGAGACAACGUGCCAAAUCUAGUUAUUAAUUUGUUCUCAAUAUAGAUUCUAUCUGCAGUGUUACUACUAUUAUUAAAGCGGAACUUAUAUUGUUAUAUUGACACAAUUUGUUCGUGUCUUAUUAAUCUAUUUUAAAGCUUUAUCGCAGUCCAACACUUUUUAUAAUUAGUUAUCAAAUAGUGAAGGUGUUCUCUAUGAAUACAAAAAAACUAAAAGUAACAGAUGGCCUUUUGUUGUGUUUUCCAACAUUGUUGACUUGGCAUCAUUUGUAGCAACAGUGGCAUUUAACUAUAAAUAUCCGACUAACUCACUUUCUCUUGAAGACAACAGGCAGUCAAUAUUGACGUUGCAUAUUUCCUCACCCCUCCGCAAAAUUUUGUGAUGCAGAAGGUCGCCAGUGUUUUGAAAUCUUUGCAAACACUUCAAACAGCUGCCCAAAUCACUUCAAACUCAGAAAGUUUAUUAGACAUAUUUGCAAUGAACAUUUUGUUCUUUUAUGUAAAAUCUUGGCCAGCUGAGCUGCAAAGUCCCUAUUUUCCAUGUGUACGUGUGACUGUUUUGCUUUGAAAUGGUUUGUCAAGUUUUGAAUAUAUGUUAUUAUUGUUGGUACCCCUGUACCCAAAUCCAUUCAGAAUAUUUAUUUAUUGUCAAAAUUUAAAAUCUAUUUUAUGGCAUGAGUUACAGACUCAAAUAAUCAACAAACAACAACCAAACAAAAAUGUUCACAAGCCAGUUUAGACUGUUUUUUCUUCUAUUAAAUGAUGUAGGGGUGUGUUACACCCAGUUGCUAGGGACUGUAGAAAAAAAGUUUAGGCCCCAAAAAAAUAAGUCACUUUCGCAUGCUUUAUACAAUUGCAUCCACCAAGGUGUUCAUUUCAACUACCUUGUGGAUUAGGUAGAGUAUGAGAAAGAUUAUUAAAAGCAAUCAAAGCCUGUCUCCGGGUGUAUUACACCCAGUUUCCGCGGAAAGGGUUAAAGAAAUAUUUUUAUUAUCAUAAAAAUUUACACCCCCCUUUUUCAUUAACUUAUUUUGCAACAAAGUGGACAAAAUAAUUUUUUUUUUAUAUCUGGAAAGAAAAUAUGAACCCAUCAUUGUUCACGCCCCUGAAGUGUAAAUGAAAAAAUAUGGUGGUAUAUUUUUAAAAAUUAAAUUUUUAUGUGUGUUAAAUGAAUGAGAUUUGAGAUAUUUUUAUCCACAUAAAAAUAUUCCCACUCUCUCUCUCUCUCUCUUUCUCUCUCUCUCUCUCUCUCUCUCUCUCUCUCUCUCUCUCUCUCUCUUUGGCACGUGAAAUGUAUAUUCAACAAAUAUUUACAAUAAAUUUUAAAAAAUAGACAUUGUUUAUUUCUAAUAAAUAUGUGUCCACCUUUUAAUGUUGCCCUUAAACGGUUUCUUUAGAAAAUUAGGAUAGUCGGCUAAUGUGAAGAGAUAGCACCCUGGUUCCGAUAGGGUCAAAACCCUGGUUCCGAUAGGGUCAAAACCCAGGUCAGGGAUAAGUUUAGGGUUCAGGUUAGGUGUAGGGAUACAUUUAGGACAUAAGUUCGCGCGUCGCGGCAACCAAAGUAAAAAAAUGCGAUGCUAUCUCUUCACAUUUACCGGAAACCUUCCAUGUCUUUCGUUGCAAAGAAAAUCAUAUCCUCUAUUUUCCCCUUUUCCAACUUUUUUGAGGUAUAGGUAAACUUGAGUAAAUGUACCGACUGUUAGUCAACUCCUUUUAGGUGUACUUUCUUAACUUGGUAUAACACCAUGUUUAUUUAUUUUAAAGGACAAUCGAAUUAUUUUUUUCCACAACUGUAAUAAUCAUUAGAUUUAAAGAUAGUCAUCCACUUAAAAAAAGUACACACCAUAUUCCCUGCACCCGACAUGUGUUUAUCGAAGAAGGUUAUUUUUUUUUCAAAUGCCUUCCCCCAAUGCUGAGGAUACUACAGUGCAUCCAUGUGUUUAUUGUCAUUGUGUUUUUAGUGUUGUGUGUUUGCUAAAGAAGGCUUCUUGUCGAUACAUUCGGUGUUUUGUUACGUCCUUUUUUGAGGUUUCCCCAUUCUUUGCUUCGCUUAUUUCCUUUAGCCGUACUGUGGAGUAAUAUGUGCUGUCUGGGGCAAAAAUUAAAAAAUCGCAUCUCCUGAACACAAUCUCUGUUUUUUUGCACAUAAUUAUUUUAUCAAGUUUUUAAUAAACAUUAAUAAAAAGCAGCCUCGGGAUGUUAAUGCCCUUACAUUUGCUUGCUACAGCACACUUUUUGACAUGCCCCAGAACUAAAUAAACAUUAUGAUGUCCCACUCCAGUUUUACCACGCAGUGUAUUACAUUUUAUGUGGUAGACGAGAAAUGGGAUUAUCUUUUGUAGCAGCCGGCUGUUAUGAUAAGAUGUCAGCUAUUCUAAGGCCUGUAGAAAACUGCAGCCUCACGAUCAAUACGAAAAAAAAACAACCCAGAGACAUUGCACCAGCCGUCUCCAGGAAAAGCUUACAAAACCCUGAAAUAUCAGUGAAGGGGACAGGAUCUCCAAGCAGUGGAAAAAAUUUAUAGAUGUGGGCACCAACCUCUCCAAGUCAGUAACUAAAAAGAGUUGAUGAGAUCAAUAACUGAAUUUUCGAAGCAAAUGUUGCAUUUGGAAGACUCAGUGGGAGUUUGUGUGGUUAAGGGAUCUCAUUCUUGUCACUAAGAUGAAAGUAUAUAGGGCAAUCAUUUGAACCUGUCCUAUAUGCUAGCGAGAUGUGGACAAUGCACAGCAGACAUGCAAGACAAAUCAGCUAUCUCCACCCACACUGUCUAUGUAAACUUAUAGGUACAAGGGGGGGGGGGCAGAGCUCCUACAACUGGCUAACUUUAUUAGCAUCCACAUGCUUCUAUAAAAAGGACAAGCCAGGUGGGGGAUGACGUGUUGUGAGAAUGCCAGACAGCAGACUUCCCAAACAACUAAUGUUCGGUGAAAAUUCGAAAGAAUGUGUUGUCAUCGGCAACAACUCAAUGUGCCUAGUUUCAGAUCGACGCAAAGUGGGUCUUUUAGCUGUCCAAAGAUUUUUCCUGCCACAUAGCCAGCCACCCACAAACAAAAGAGAAGUUGAUAUAAAAAGGAUUUAAAAUUUUAAAUUAGAAAAAAACAAAUCAGUUUAACAUGGUCACCUUUGCUCGUUUUCAUAUAAUGUAAAUAAGUAUAAUUUCAGUUCAAUAUUUUCCAAUAAAAUAUCUUGUGAAUCAUUGAUUUGUAGAAACAUCGACUAGAUAAAACUCUUUUUCUUUUUUUUAUUCCACAGCUUGGAUAGACAACAGCAAGUUUUUAGAUAUGAAUGGCAAUUACUCGUGUACUUACGACAAUGGUCACAUGACCAGCACUGGGAUCAUCUUAUUGGAUCUGCAGGGCUUCAGCAGGCAGUGCAAUGGCAGGUGAGUGUAUGUCACAACAGGUGAGUGCAUGUCACGACAGGUGAGUGCAUUCACUACAGGUGAGAGCAUGUCACGACAGUUGAGUGCAUGUCACGACAGGUGAGUGCAUGUCACGGCAGAUGAGUGCAUUCACUACAGGUGAGUGCAUUUCAAAGACAGUAAAAAUUUAUUUUAAAAAUUCCUUCCUGAGAUGGUGUUCAGUUUCAAGCUGCAUGUUGAGAUGGUGUACAAAUGAAGACAGUGUGUUGAGAAGCGUAAGUCGUAUACCUUGCAUAUGUGAGUUGUGUGUUGAGCUUCCAUAAACAUUACAAGCCAUUGCAGUGAUGAUAUAAGAUGAUGCAUUUGAUUUUUUGUUUCCGUUGCAGCACCUCCCUCAUGCUGUCCCUGAUCUUGGCCUUCAUCAUGGUGUUAGCGUUCCUCUUGGCUUACCUACUGAGCAGAUUCAAGACGGCCAUUGUUGCAUUCACCAUGAAAAUCUUCACGACAGCAUUCCGGCCAAUGACGGCCAAAGAUUAUAAGACGCAUGUUUUCAUUGGCUACGGGGAUGACGAUUGUCACUUUGUGCGGUAUACAUUAGGAAGGUAAACACUACUGCAUAAGGUCUUAAACUUCAAUCAUAUAUUUUCAUCUUAGAUAUAAUGUAUAAUCUGACAAAGAAUAUUUAUCUUAAAGUUAAGGUGUUACAUAAAAAAAUUCAAAAUUAAUAAUAAUUUUGUGAAAAUACAAGAACAAAAUUAAAAAGUCAUUAUCCAUUUUCCUUAAAACUUCCCAUGGCCUUUUAGCUUCGUGCUAAAGGUUUCAAAAAUCAAAGGCCAAAUGGCCCCUGAUUAUAGCCUGAAUGAUCCUUAAUCCGAGGCAAAAUAGUCUCUAAUCCUAGGUCAAAUGGUCCCUAAUCCUAGGCUAAAUUGUCUCUUAUCCUAGACCAAAUGGUCGCUUGGUCCCUAAUCCUAGACUAAAUGAUCCCUAAUCCUAGGCUAAAUAGUCCUUACUCCAAGGCCAAAUGGUCUUAAUCCUAGGCUAGAUGGCCCAUAAUUCAGUGUCAAAUGGCCCCCAAACCUAGGCCAAUUGGUCCCUAAUCCUAGGCUUAAUGGUCCCUAAUCCUAGGCCCAAUUGUCCGAAUCCUAGGUCAAAUGGUCUUAAUCCUAGGCCAAAUGGCACAUAAUUCAGUGACAAACAGUCCCUAAUCUUAGGCCAAAUUGUCCCAAAUCUGAGGCCAAAUUGUCCCUAAUCUUAGGCCAAAUUGUCCUAAUCUGAGGCCAAAUUGUCCCUAAUCUUAGGCCAAAUUGUCCUAAUCUUAGGCCAAAUUGUCCUAAUCUUAGGCCAAAUGGUCGUUAAUCCUAGGUUGACUUCAUCUACUAGAGUUUCAUUUAAAAAAUAUAGCUGUCCAUAUAAACAAACAUGAUUUGCUGUCCAGAUUACAAACAUGACUUUUCUGUCCAGAUAAACUAAUAUGAAUUAUUUCUCCAUAUAAGCUAACAUGAAGUUUCUGUCCAGAUAAACUAACAUGACUUUUUUAUCCAGAUAAACUAACGUGACUUUUCUGUCCAGAUAAACUAAUAUGAAUUAUUUCUCCAUAUAAGCUAACAUGAAGUUUCUGUCCAGAUAAACUAACAUGACUUUUUUAUCCAGAUAAACUAACGUGACUUUUCUGUCCAGAUAAACUAUCAUGAAUUUUUUGUCCAGAUAGAUUAACAUGACUUAAUGUCUGUAACGUCUUUUGUUAUUGAUUGUGUAUAUUCGUUGUGCAUUUUUUAUUCCGUUACUUAAUAAUCUAUAAUGGUCUAACUGCAUCCAACGUUGCAGAUCUUUCUUAAUAAUUAUUAAGAUAACUGUACUGUACGGACACGAGGAAAAUCCAAUAGAUAGCUUCACUUUAUUUAUUCACAAAAACAUUUCACUUUACAACUUGAAAUAAAUCUCCAGAUUGGAGUAAAAUACUUGACAUCCUUUUGUACACUUCACUUCUUUCGUAAAACAUUUUAAUAAAUGAUGGCUAAUCCGAUGCCAUAAGAUACAUCAUUGCAAGGGCAAAAGAAAACAUUCAUGACCAUCUUGACCAUAUCACAAGAUCACUUCUUCUCCUUCUGCACAUUACAUUUCCAUCCAUAUCCUAUGUUAAUAUAAAGUUAUGUAAGACAAUAUCAUUGUAGUAAUUGAGCUGUUACAUUGUCCAUAUAAAUCGGCAUGACUCUUUUUUCCAGAUAAACUAACAUGAUUUCUUUACCCAGAUAAACUAACAUGACUUUUUUUCCCAGAUAAACUAACAUGACUUUUUUAUCCAGAUAAACUAACAUGACUUUUUUAUCCAGAUAAACUGACAUGACUUUGCUGUCCAGAUUAACAAAACUAACAGAAAUUCUAUCAUCAGAUAUCUAGAGCACGACCUCGGGGUGACCACGUUCAUCCACCAACGGGACCUGGGACCAGGUUACACCGACCAACAGCUCUUUGAGGCCAUCAGAGACAGCUGGAGAAUCCUUUUGGUGAUCACCACCAACUUCCUCCUCAAUUACGACCAGGCUACCAUCGUUAUGAAGGUUUGAGAUCCAAUGAAAAUUGUUUCUGCUUGUGCCAAUACCUUCUAUAAGAUUUUUUUUUUAAAUGCAUACGCUUCAAAAAAACAUUUCUUCAGUUUAUACGGGUUAAUACAAAAUGAUGUGGCGGGUCUCAUUUCGUGUACUGUACCAGUACAUAAAAUGGGUUGUGACUCAAAAAUGGAAACCUGGGAUAUAACUGAUAAUUUUAGACAGACGCCUUUGCAGAAAAGUGUAACAUGCUGUUACAGGUAAUUGCCAAAACAAUUUAUUUAAUAGUUUUGCAUGUUCAACAACUUCAGAUAAUAUAUUAUUGAUAUAUUUUAUUGUUCAUAAUUUAUUUUUUUAAUUUCAUCCCUGCCCCCAACAGUACGCCAGCCACUCUGUGACGUCAAUGAACCAUGACCGCGUUCUGGUCCUCGUCCAGGAGACCCAGGUCAAGAACAUCCCAGACUACUUGUUUGACGUCCUGGACGACACCAGGAUCAUUGUCGUCCGGGAUCUGGACCAGAACUUGAGCUACGAGCAGCGGCAGAGUAUCCGAGAUUGUUUGAGGUCACCGUGAUACGCGACCCUUGCUGAGUUUAAGGCAUGCCCUGGACUCACAUGGUACCCGGAGACCAAAUGAUAUCUGUUUCCUUACAAAUUACAAUCUGCAAACAAAGAGGAUGUGUGUUUAGCAGGAGUAUAUAUGACACUAUUGUUUCCAUUUACUGGUGACGUCAUACACAUCAAUUUAAUAGUUUUGUUAGUGUAAGUCUACUGAUUUUUAAAAUUUAGCAGUUCCCAGCUGUUGAAUGUGGCCCUAAUGACAGGCUGAGGUUUCACAUGCAAGAUACUUCAAUUACAUUUACGUAAAAAUGUAUUUUUAACUUCAUGUUUAUUAACAAUAUCAUGUACGAAAUUACUCGUCUUCUGUAGUCCAAAAGUUUUAAGAUCAGUGUAAUCGCUGAUACUUGAUACAGGGCAGAGUAGUGAAGAGUGUAAAAACACUCUUGGACCAUGCGCUAGUGAUGCUCUCUGCAAGCUUAUGAGCCAAUGCCAUCAUCAGCUCUCCACUAGUGAUGCUCUCCACUAGUGAUGCUCUCCGCUAGUGAUGCUCUCCGCUAGUGAUGCUCUCUGCAAGCUUAUGAGCCAAUGCCAUCAUCAGCUCUCCGCUAGUGAUGCUCUCCACUAGUGAUGCUCUCCACUAGUGAUGCUCUCCGCUAGUGAUGCUCUCUGCUAGUGAUGCUCUCUGCAAGCUUAUGAGCCAAUGCCAUCAUCAGCUCUCCGCUAGUGAUGCUCUCCGCUAGUGAUGCUCUUUGCUAGUGAUGCUCUCUGCAAGCUUAUGAGUCAAUGCCAUCAUGUUCUCUGUUCUAUAAGGGCCCAAAAUCAAAGUCCCAUUGGAUUCGUUAAGCAAUGUGUAAAUUGGUGUUCCAUGGUUGCGUAAAAAAAAAUUCCUAUUUUCUUCACUAAAUUUGAUUCUUAAAAAACAUUGAUAGCAAGUCUUGUUUUUAUGAAAUCCUUUAUAUUAAGUUUGCUUUUGUUUGUGGCGGGCUGGAAAAAUCUUCGGAAUUGACCCAUUUCCCAUCAACCUAUUGAGCUAAAACUUGACACAUAGACUAGUUACCGAUGACAACACGUUCUUUCAAUUUUUCAGCCCCACCUUCAAACUCCAAAACUCUGUUUUUACUGUCUUUAAGGGGCAGGUGAAGGAAAUAUGACUUCCCAAAAUAAAAUUCCCGAUAACUGCGCUAAAUAUGGCAAGUGCACUAGUUGCGUGAUAUCUUCUUUUGUUUCUUCUGAAAUAGUUUGUAAUAUAAAUCUGCCGUGUAAAAGCGUUUACGCCAUUGGAAUAUUAAUACAGUUCAAGGGCGUGAAAAAUUGGUGUGGUUGCGAGCUUUGAGGAGGGAGCACUAAUUAUGAUUCUUAUUUAGUUUGUUGCUUGUACGCAUGUUUUGUCUAAUAUUCAGCUUG